AUGCCCGUUCCUGAAAGGGCACCCCUCCAUCGGAUCUAUCACUAUGGACUAUUGAGUCUCCUCUUCCUCCACACAUCCACCGCAGCGGGGAGAUCCAGCAACGAGCAACGCGCAACAGCAAAUCCAGGCUACACUUAUGGCCAAGCUGUGCCAGUGACAUGUCUGAACCGGACGAUUGACUCCGGCGAACACAUCACCGACCCCCUCGGCAACCUCCAAUACAUCCCCUUUCCAACAUGCAACGAAACCUCCCAGCCCUUAUCUCUGCACUACGGCGUCGCCGAACAGACUCUAACAUGCACCAUUGCCUCCCUCCCCGAUGAACUCUACCAUCUCCUAGAGUACUACGUCCACUCGGACGUCCCCAUGACAUGUCGCGUCCCCACUGCGCCCCUUCUCUCUUCAUCCUCUCCGGACAUCGACAUCAUCGAUACCAUUGACGCCACCGGCGAACAAGCCUACACGCCCAUCACCUUCGCCAUCCAGGGCACUCUGCAGCUAAGCCAUCUGCACAUAUGGACUGAUAUGAACGUGCUUGUGCAUAACAUGGCUAGUACGGAGAAGAAGAAGCGCAAGGACCCGGGAUAUGUUGUUGCGGGCACGGCGUACAGUGUGCCCGAGUUUGAUAAUCGUGGGGCGAGGGAGCCUUGGACGGAGGGACAUGGGACGAAGGUUGUGAGGGGUGAGCCGUUGACGUUUCGGUUUAGUGUCAAGUGGGUGGAGGGAGGGAGGGGCAUUGGGUGGCCUUCUUCUGAUGGUGGGUAUGGGGAGGAGGGGAGUUGUGGGGGCUGGUUCUCCAGGUUGAUGUUCUUUGGGUUUGCUGCGGCCAUCGGGGCUGUUGCGGCAGUCUAUUGGGAGAGGGUGUAUGGACGGGGACGGGGACGGGGAGAGGGAAUUCUGGGUGUGACUGGUGGUGGUGGUGGUAGGAAGGGGUUCGGGGCGAAUGGGAAUGGGGUGAGGAUGAAUGGGUAUGGAGGGUAUUCGCCUGCUGCUGUGGGAGGAACUGGUGGUGGUAGUAGUGUAGGAGGGUAUGGGUAUGGAGGGUAUAUGAGUGGGAAGAGGGAUUGA